AUGUCACUCGCUGAGCAACUCGUUGAAAUGGGUUUUCAUCAAAACCAAAUUGAUAGCGCAAUCAAAACAGGAAAAUCAGCAAAUUUGGAACAAGCUAUAGAUUGGAUUACAACACAUGAGAAUGAAAUAGCAGCAGGAACUGCUUCUGGUUCUGAACCAGUUCUCAAUUUAAGCUCUAGUGGUAAUACAACAACAGCAACUACUACUGAAGCACAAUCUGAAGUAAAUUCACUCAAAUGUGAUGAAUGUGGCAAAUUAUUAAAAGAUGCUGAUACGGCUACUGCUCAUGCUUUACGAACAAAUCAUUCAAGUUUUUCUGAAUGUACAGAAGCAAUUAAACCAUUAACAGCUGAAGAAAAAGAAGAAAUGAAGAAAAAAUUACAAGAACGUAUUGUUGCUCGACGUAAAGAACAACAAAUAGCUGAUGAAAAAAAUGCAAUUGAAAUGGAGAAAAAACGUAUUAGUGAUGCUAAAAGUUUAUUGGAAAUAAAACAAAAACGAGAAGAAGAUGAAAUGAAAAAAAUUGCUGAAGCUAAUCGUCGUGAAAAACUUGAAACACAAUUAGCUAAACAACGUGCUAUUGAACAGAUUGAAGCUGAUAAACGUGCUCGACGAGAAAGAGCUGCAGCAGAAAAAAGUGGAGGAACUGUAGAAGAUGUUCCAGCUCCUAAACCUCAACAUGUUGUUACACCACAGCCAACACGACAAUAUGAUGAAUGUAAUCUUCAAGUUCGUUUACCAGAUGGUUCAACAGUACGACAAAUAUUUAAAGCAGCUGAUCGAUUUGAAAAAGUUAUGGAAUGGGUACGUGAAAAACAACAAUCUCGUCCAUUUAUUCUUGUACAAAAUUAUCCAAAAAAGGAUUUUAGUGAAAAUGAUAAUCAUAAAUCAUUAACUGAACUUGGUCUUGUUCCAUCUGGUUCACUUAUGGUGAAAGAACUUGCUCAUUUUCAAACAUAG